AUGGCUGGUGGAAUCGUAGCAUUCAAGUGGGCAGAGGAAGGCGAAAACCAACUAUUGGUGCUGAUGAACAGAGAAAACUGGGGAAGCAGGAUCAUAAGAGCGGCAUCUUGGAAUGAAAAUGGUCAGAUCUUGAGGGGAAUUGAUGAAAGAUACUCCGGCACAUGGUUUGGUAUUUCGAAAAAAGGUAGAGUCUCCUUCGUUUUAAGCUCGUCACUGGUGUCUGAAUAUCGUCGAGAAAUCACCCCGGAACUGUGCGCCUCCCAUUUUCUUGACGGCACUGAGAGUCCACAGGAGUUUGCCGAGAGCGUAGAAGCAGACAUGGAAAAAAAGAAGAUGAUGUAUGGUCAUGGCGAGUUUAACCUUAUUGUCGCUGACUUAAAUUUGUGCUCAAUGUUUCAUAUUAUGAAAGGCGCACAUAAUCCGGAUGUCUUAAUAGAAGAAGUUCCUUAUGGUACUCAUACGUUGUCUCUCAGGGGUCUCGACUGUUCGAACUAUCGAAAGGAGGAUGGAGAUGAAGAAAAACGCUAUGGGAUAACAAGUACGACAGCUUUGUUGGUGAAACGCACUAAGAAAGUGAUGUUCUUUGAGAGAUUUCGGGAGGAGAGUGGAGUAUGGAACCCCUACAACUUUGAUUUCGACAUCCAGUAG